AGUCCGUGCGGAAUCGUUUUACAUAAGUUCCGGUUCUCGAUGCUGCGUUCGAGCAUUUCCUCUGUUUUACGGCUCGCCGGUCGUCCUACACGGGCCAGCAGUGUACGGAACUAUGCCGCUCCCCCGAAACGAUUCUACCGUAAUACCGGCGUUAUUUCGAGCAACGGAAGGUUCGAAAUCACACUGGACAGCCGAAAGCUGAAAACUCCGAAAGGACUUCCGUUCUACGUAGAGAGUGAACCACUUGCAAUCGCCAUCGCCACCGAGUGGGACGCACAGAAGGAUGUGAUCGAUCGAUCGGCUAUGCAUUUGACAGCUCUCAGUAGUACGUUCAUUGAUAAUCCCAACGGUGUGCAGAAGCACGAUAUGGUGAACUAUCUGGUCAACUACAUCAGCACCGAUACGAUUUUGUUCCACUCGAGCGAGGAACCCGAGUUGAAAAAGCUACAAACACAAGAGUGGGACCCCAUCAUCGAAUGGUGCAACAAGCGGUACGAGCUCAAUCUUGCCUCAACGGAUUCACUCGUUGUGCCAACGUUUGCUCCCGGAAUGGCCAUGAAUCUGAGCAGGUACUUUUCGUCCUACAAUACGGCGGCACUGCACGGGUUCGUGUUUGCGGUGGAUACGAUCAAAUCCAUCAUCCUGACGAUGGCCUGCGUCGAUAGGCAUCUCACGACGGAACGGGCAGUACAGCUGGCGCGGCUCGAAGAGGAAUUCCAGCAGGGCCACUGGGGUAAGGUAGAGUGGGCCCACGACAUCCAGCGAUUGGACACCCAGUCACGAUUAUCGGCCGCACUAUUGUACGUCCACUUUAACUCGAGUAAUGUCUUUAUCAAGGAGAAGGUAUCACUUUAGAUGCAGAUGGAUAGAAUCCAUAAUAAAGGUGGAUA